AUGCCAUGUAUGUACUUUUCUGGGGAAGAUAGUAACAAUAUUACGUAUGAUGACCCCUCAAAUAGAUGCAUUAGAAUUAAUCCAUCAUUAUAUGCUAGGGUUCAAGAUGACAAUAAACAAAGCAUGAGAGUUUUUUUAGACACUCACCUUUUGAAAAUCAGAAAUAUCUCACAUAAUCAAAAUUUACCUACGUUGGAGCAUAUAGUAUCCAAGCAUAAUACCUCAAUUUCCACUGGAUCUACGACUGUGGUGCUGGCCCUAAAUUAUGUUACGAAAGCGAUGGUGACGGCAGAAUUUAGAGAGAUCAGCAGUGAUGAGUUCAAAAAUACGUAUUUGGCUCCUCUUGAUAAGGUUAUUAAGAAAGCAAACUUCGGUCGUAAAAUUUUGGCAGAAGACUAUGGUUAUCCUAGAGGAGAUGCCAGGCAUGUGAAAGAUGAUAUCCAGAUAUAUUCCAAUGAAAUAGCUUGUUCAAUCAAUCGUUUCUAUCUUGACAUCUUGGAUGAAUUCCACUAUUUUGGUUACGCUUCAAGUAUCACACCUCCGUUGUCGACAAAACCCAAGGUUUAA